AUGUCUUCAGAGAGUGGAAACCCUUCGGAACCGAUUCGAGUCCGAGUUGGUGCCAGGGGCCGCAAUUUUGCUUACGUUGACUUCACCAAACAUCGCCUUCAUGAAGGGGGACCUGAGAUAAUAAUAUCAGGCCUGGGCCGUGCCAUUUCCGACGCUGUUGCUGUUGCGGAAAUAUUAAAAAAUCAAGGACUUGUUGUUGUCAAAGCUAUUACUACUUCACGUGGAAGUAUUAAGCCUCUUGCGCCAUUGAUUGACAAAAUUGAAAUCGUUGUCGUAAAAUCAAAGGACUUCGAUUCUAUUUAUGAAGAGCAACAAAAACGAAAGUCUGAAAAUGCCGAAAAGAGAGAGAGUAAUUAA